GAUGACGUGCCGAGUCAGCUGAUCGCCCGGGUGACUAGUCGGCUGGGUGAUCUCGGAGCGCAGUGAUCGUCAUGGCGAGCCAGUCAGCGGGAAUCCAGCAGCUCCUGCAAGCCGAGAAACGGGCCGCCGAGCGGGUGGGGGAGGCCCGCAAACGAAAGAACAGACGUUUGAAACAAGCCAAGGAGGAGGCUCAUGCUGAGGUUGAGCAGUAUCGGCUACAAAGAGAGAAGGAGUUCAAGAUUAAGGAAGCUGCUGUCUUGGGUUCCCAGGGUAGCUGUUCUGAAGAAGUUGGAAAGGAAUCAACCGAUAAAAUAUUAAUUAUCCAACAGAACUACCUCCAGAACAAGGAGAUGGUGUUGGACAACCUUCUGUCCUUUGUUUGUGAUAUAAAGCCAGAGAUCCAUGUCAACUAUAAAUUGGGCGGCUAGAAGUUUGUGAACCACCUGCUGUUUUCUCCUCCUGUUCUAGGAUCCUAAAUUUGUUUCAAUUAGUUAGCACUGGCAGAGUGAAGUCUAAAACAAAUCCUGUUAUUGCAAAGGUUUUAAUGGGGUUCACACUGUGUACCUUGUUAAGGGUUAAUGUAUGAGGAAGAAGAGAUUUCCUGGCAUGAUGAAAAUGAAGUAGUAAAACACAAUCGCUGUAUUUUUGAAGGAGUGUUUCUUAGCCUUAAUUUUCUGUUUAAAUCCCUUAUACUGUCCUGAGAUGUUUUACAAGUAAAGUAUUUUGUUUUCCUUGAA